GGACUGAUGUAUCUCCUAACACCCGCCGAUCCUACGUACCAUCACCGCUCUGACUGCUGCUGUUACUUCUGCUUCUGCCAUCACCACCGAGUGGACUGGACUGGACAUGCCCCCCAAGUCCAUCCUCAAGAAGACGCCGACUGUGGCUGCCAAUGCCCCUCCCACAACCGCCGCCGCCGCCAAAACAGUCAACCCGCGCCAUCUCGCAGUCGCCCGCCACCAUGCCUCCGUGCUCGAGGACCGCAAGCGCGUCGAGGCAGAGGUCCUGCAGGCCGUCAUGACGCUGAUGGAUUUCCCCUCGUCGCCAGACGCCGAUGCAAAGCGGCCCACGCCCGCGGACGCCCGCUUCUUCCAGACGGCAGUCAUCUCCUUCCAGCCCGCCGACUACGACGCCCUGAUCGAGGAGCGCAACAUUGCCGACAAGUGCGGCUAUGCCCUGUGCCCCCGCCCCAAGAGCAAGGCUCGCUCAACCGCCAAGAAGCAGUUUGUCGACACAGAGGACGGCGUGCAGAUUGUCGACCGCAAGGUGCUCGAGGUGUGGUGCUCCGAUGACUGCGCGCGCCGGGCCCUCUAUGUCAAAGUCCAGCUGAGCGAGGAGCCCGCCUGGCUGCGGCACGGCGGGUACGGCGACAAGAUUGAACUCAUGGUGGAAAACGAAGAGGAGCACCGUGUUGCCCUGCCCCUACGGCCGAAGCAGCCAGUCGCCUCCACCAAGGAUCAGGAUGAAGCCGACGACGUGGAUGCAGCCUGGGCCGCCCGUGAAAAUGCCAUGGCCGACCUGGCUCUCGAGCGAGGAGAAAAGCCGGGCCAGGUUACCAAGGCGAACAGCGACCUCGUCCAAGACCAGAUCCUCGAGCGGCCUCUGAACAAUGCGCCCCCACAACCGCCCUCGCUUCCCACGCAGACAUCUGACCACACCAUGGCCAUUGAAGGCCACGUUCCGCGCAUCAACAGAAAAGACAAAGAUGACGAUAAAGAUGAAGAUGAAGAUGACCCACAGGACUGGGAAAAGCACCUACCAGGAUGAUUGAACGACCUAAUCGCCUGGUGUUUUUUUUCUCGCCCCCAGCCAUAAACAAACUAGUACUAGGCUUCAAUGCCAGUGCUACAGCCCCGUGCUUGAUCUUUGCCUCUAGCCAUUGACCCACAACACAGCAUACCAUGGAUCUAUAUUUCAUCACUGCCCAUGACGGUAAAAAUUGUGAAUCUGCAUGCUGCUUAGAAGCACACCACAUCUUAGAGACUGCGUGGUAACGACAGGCUUGUCACUUCGAUAUAAUUAUAACAUGACCUUGCUAGCAGUACAAGUCGCACAAGGCUUUAUCGGGGAGAAAUUCAAGUAGUAUGGUAGAUGAUUUUCAUCUGAGAAUCACCAAAUAAUAAUAGUUAGAAAUAGCACACCGUAUAAC